UCGAAACGAGCUAAUGAUUCUGUUCAAACAAACGCUUUGGAUUUUAUAACGAGACACAUACAUGCGGAUGAAUCAGACGCCAAUGGAGAAUCUUAACCCUGAUAAUGAUUACGUUGAUGGAGGAGCUGACAUAGAGAAUGACGGAACAGGCAGCGAUGCUUCGUCGUUUUUGGAGGCCAGAGAGCCGUUGUUGAAUCUCAAGAGUAGAACCAACACUUCCUCUCAGAUUGCUGUUGUUGGCGCCAAUGUGUAUCCCAUCGAGAGCCUCGAUUACGAGAUGAUUGAAACUGAUCUCUUUAAGCAGGAUUGGAGAUCUAGGAAAAGGGUUCAGAUUUUUCAGUAUAUUUAUCUCAAAUGGACACUUGCUCUUCUCAUAGGAUUGUGCACAGGUCUUGUUGGUUUCUUAAAUAACCUCGCGGUUGAGAAUAUUGCUGGUUACAAGCUUGUGAUCACUGGCAAUUUGAUGUCUAACAAUAAGUAUCUACCAGCAUUUGUCGCGUUUGGUGGUAUUAAUGUGGUCCUGGCUAUUUGUGCAGGGGCACUGUGUGCAUAUGUUGCCCCUGCAGCAGCUGGUUCUGGCAUACCUGAGGUGAAAGCCUAUCUUAAUGGCAUUGAUGCUCAUUCCAUCCUGGCUCCAAGUACCCUAUUUGUGAAGAUUCUUGGUUCCAUUCUGGCAGUUUCCGCGGGAUUGGUUGUAGGUAAGGAAGGACCAAUGGUGCACACUGGUGCCUGUAUAGCAAAUUUACUUGGACAAGGAGGCUCUCGGAAGUAUGGUUUGACUUGGAAGUGGCUCAGAUACUUCAAAAAUGACAGAGACCGAAGGGAUUUGAUUACUUGUGGGGCUGCUGCUGGUGUGGCUGCCGCUUUUCGCGCCCCAGUUGGUGGUGUACUUUUCGCCCUUGAAGAAGCUGCCACUUGGUGGCGGAGUGCUCUUCUUUGGAGGACCUUCUUCACAACUGCUAUUACAACUGUUGUAUUGAGAGGUCUCAUAAACUUUUGCCGCGGUGGCAACUGUGGACUCUUCGGACAAGGAGGACUCAUCAUGUUCGAUAUGCAUUCUUCAAUCCCUACUUAUACAAAUGCAGAUCUGCUUGCAGUUGUACUGAUAGGAGUUGUUGGAGGUCUUUUAGGAAGCCUAUACAAUUUUUUUGUGGACAAAGUCUUGAGAACAUAUACCUUCGUCAACGAGAGAGGCCCUUCUUACAGGAUCCUACUUGUCACAGUUAUUUCCCUUCUAACUUCGUGUUUCGCCUACGGCCUGCCUUGGUUUGCCAAGUGCAUUCCAUGUCCCAGCGGCACGGGUAAAGAGUGCCCGAAGAUUGGAAAUCUCCAUUGUCAGCCCGGACAUUACAACGAUCUGGCUUCCCUUUUCCUCAACACCAGCGAUGAUGCCAUCCGCAACCUGUUUAGUUCGGAAAAAGGCAAUGAGUUAGAAAUCUCCACACUGAUCAUUUUCUUUACUGGAACCUAUUUCCUAGGCAUUGUUACUUAUGGCAUUGCUGUCCCCUCUGGCCUCUUCAUUCCUGUCAUACUUGCUGGAGCCACAUACGGGCGCCUCGUUGGGAGGCUAUUGGGCUCUUUGUCUACUCUUGACCUCGGCCUCUUCGCCAUUCUGGGAGCUGCUUCGUUCCUCGGUGGCACCAUGAGGAUGACAGUAUCGCUUUGCGUCAUACUACUAGAGCUUACCAACAACCUACUCAUGCUCCCCUUAAUAAUGCUUGUCCUCCUCAUUUCGAAAACUGUGGCAGACAGUUUCAACCGCGGUAUCUACGAUCAAAUUGUGAAGAUGAAAAGGCUGCCCUACUUGGAAGCCCAUGCGGAGCCAUACAUGAAGCACCUGGCUGCAGGGGACGUUUGCUCCGGCCCGUUGAUCACCUUCUCGGGCAUUGAGAAGGUUGGGAAUAUAAUGCAUGCUCUGGAGAUGACCGGGCACAACGGGUUUCCAGUGGUCGAUGAGCCUCCAUUCACAGAUGCACCGGAGCUCAGUGGCCUCGUGCUGAGGUCUCAUCUACUGGUGCUGCUCAACCUGAAGAAGUUCGCCGAGAACAGGGCGGUGUGUGGUGGCCAGGCUCUGAGGAGGUUCGAUUCCUUCGACUUCGCUAAGCCUGGGUUGGGGAAGGGGCUUAAAGUGGGCGACUUGGACUUAACCAUGGAUGAAAUGGAGAUGUAUGUUGAUCUCCAUCCAAUCACCAACUCAUCACCUUACAUGGUUGUAGAGACCAUGUCUCUUGCCAAAGCUGCCAUCCUCUUUCGACAACUUGCGCUUCGACACUUGUGUGUUAUCCCCAAAACGCCCGGGCGAAAUCCGGUGGUCGGAAUCUUGACAAGGCACGAUUUUAUGCCAGAGCAUGUAUUGGGGCUCCACCCUGAGCUUAUCCACCACAAGUAGACAGCCUUGGAUCAUUUUCUUCCUCGUGAAUUUGCAAGAUUUAAUUGAUAAAUGUUUGUUUUUUGGUUAUCUCUGAAACGAGGCCAAACUAUCAAA